AUGACAAAUCUCGUCCCUAGUGAGACCUUGGUGGCGGGCUCCGGNGCCGUGCGCAAGGACAGGCUGCACCAGAGGCAAGUGAAACUGUUAGAGACCCUGCGCGAAUACGAAAUCGCGUCUCCCGUCCGAGUGAACGCUCUCGGAGAACCCUUUCCCACGAACGUGCACUUCAAAAGAAGGCGACGGAGCACUAACUCUGCCUCUGACCCCUGGCCUGCCUUCGCCUCCUCCUCUUCCUCCACCUCCUCCCAGGCGCACUACAGCCUCUCCGCCUUCGGCCAGCAGUUUCUAUUUAAUCUCACCGCCCAUGCUGGAUUUAUCGCUCCGCUGUUCACUGUCACCCUCGUCGGCGCGCCCGAGGGGAACCAGACAAAAUUUUAUUCCGAGGAGGAAGCAGAACUCAAGCACUGUUUCUACAAAGGCCAUGUCAAUACCAAGUCCGAGCACACGGCGGUCAUCAGCCUCUGCUCGGGAAUGCUGGGCACGUUCCGGUCCCACGACGGGGAUUAUUUUAUUGAACCACUGCUGUCCACUGAUGAGCAGGCUGACGACGAUGAACACAACAAGCCCCAUGUGGUCUACAGGCUCCGCAGCCCGCAGCCCGCGCCCCCCGCGGGGAGGCAGGCCUGCGGCACCCCAGAACACAGAACCGGUGCCAGCGAGGAGCGGGGGAGAGGGGGCCGGCGGACAAAGCGCUUUUUAUCGUUCCCGAGGUUUGUCGAGGUGAUGGUGGUGGCAGACCGGAAAAUGACUUCGUACCACGGAGCCAACCUUCAACACUAUGUUUUAACUUUAAUGUCAAUUGUAGCCUCUAUCUAUAAAGACCCCAGUAUUGGAAAUUUAAUUAAUAUUGUUGUUGUGAACUUAGUGGUGAUUCAUAAUGAACAGGAAGGACCUUCCAUAUCCUUUAAUGCCCAGACAACAUUAAGAAACUUUUGCCAGUGGCAGCAUUCGCAGAACCAUCCAGGUGGAAUCCAGCACGAUACUGCUGUUCUUAUAACGAGACAGGAUAUCUGCAGAGCUCACGACAAAUGUGAUACCUUAGGUCUUGCUGAACUGGGAACCCUUUGUGAUCCCAUCAGAAGCUGCUCUAUCAGCGAGGAUAAUGGGUUGAGCACGGCGUUUACAAUCGCCCACGAACUGGGCCACCUGUUUAGCAUGCCUCAUGACGACAGCAACAAGUGCAAAGAAGAAGGGGUCAAGAGCCCCCAGCAUGUCAUGGCUCCAACACUGAACUUCUACACCAACCCCUGGCUGUGGUCAAAGUGCAGUCGAAAAUAUGUCACGGAAUUCUUAGACGCUGGCCAUGGCGAGUGUUUGUUGAAUGAACCCGAAUCCAGAUCCUACACUUUGCCUUCCCAACUGCCAGGCCUCCUUUACAACGUGAAUAAACAAUGUGAAUUGAUCUUUGGACAAGGUUCUCAGGUGUGCCCAUAUAUGAUGCAGUGUCGCCGACUUUGGUGCAGUAACGUGGACGGCGCCGAGGGAGGGAACAAGGGCUGCCGGACGCAGCACACGCCCUGGGCCGACGGCACCGAGUGUGAGCCCGGAAAGCACUGCAAGUUUGGAUUUUGUGUUCCCAAAGAAAUGGAGGCCCCCGUGACCGAUGGAUCCUGGGGAAGUUGGACUCACUUCGGAACCUGCUCUAGGACGUGUGGAGGGGGCAUCAGAAUCGCUGUCCGGGAGUGCAACAGACCAGAGCCAAAAAACGGCGGCAAGUACUGUACAGGGCGCAGGAUGAAGUUCAGGUCCUGCAACACGGAGCCGUGCCUCGCGCAGAAGCGGGACUUCCGAGAGGAGCAGUGCGCCCAGUACGACGGGAAGCAUUUUAACAUCAACGGCCUGCUUCCCAGUGUGCGCUGGGUGCCCAAGUACAGUGGAAUUUUGUUGAAGGACCGGUGCAAGUUGUUCUGCAGGGUGGUAGGGAGCACAGUCUACUAUCAGCUCCGAGACAAAGUGGUGGAUGGGACCCCGUGCGGCCAGGACACCAGUGACAUCUGUGUCCAAGGCCUCUGCCGGCAAGCUGGAUGUGAUCAUGUUUUAAACUCAAAAGCCCGGAGAGAUAAGUGUGGGGUGUGCGGUGGCGAUAAUUCUUCAUGCAGGACAGUGGCAGGAACAUUUAAUGUAGCACAUUAUGGCUAUAAUCUCGUGGUCCGAAUUCCGGCUGGUGCUACCAGUAUCGAUGUGCGGCAGCACAGUUUCUCAGGGAGACCCGAGGAUGACAACUACCUAGCGUUGUCAGACAGUGAAGGUGAGUUCUUGCUGAACGGAGACUUCGUUGUCACAAUGUCCAAAAAGGAGAUCCGCAUUGGGAAUGCUCUGAUAGAGUACAGCGGGUCCGACAAUGUCGUGGAGCGGCUGAACUGCACAGAUCGCAUCGAACAAGAACUUGUGCUUCAGGUGUUGUCGGUGGGGAAGCUGUACAGCCCCGACGUGCGCUAUUCCUUCAAUGUUCCGCUCGAAGGCCGGCCCCAGCAGUUCUACUGGAACAGCCACGGGCCCUGGCAAGCCUGCAGCAAACCCUGCCAAGGGGAGCGGAAACGGAAGCCCGUUUGCACCAGGGAAUCCGAUCACCUUACAGUUUCUGAUCAAAGGUGCGACCGGCUGCCGCAGCCAGAGCCCAUCACUGAGCCCUGCGGCACAGACUGUGACCUGAGAUGGCAGGUUGGCAGCAGGAGCGAAUGUAGUGCCCAGUGUGGCUUGGGGUACCGCACAUUAGACAUCUACUGUGCCAGAUAUAGCCGGCUAGAUGGGAAGACCGAGAAGGUUGAUGACAGUUUUUGCAGCAGUCACCCCAAACCAAGCAACCAGGAAAAGUGCUCAGGAGAAUGUAACACAGGGGGCUGGCACUAUUCUGCUUGGACUGAAUGUUCUGAAAGCUGUGAUGGUGGCAUCCAGAGGAGAAGAGCUAUUUGUGUCAACACACAAAAUGAUGUCCUGGAUGACAGCAAAUGCACACAUCAAGAGAAAGUCACCAUUCAGAGGUGCAAUGAGUUUCCUUGUCCACAGUGGAGAUCCGGAGAGUGGUCAGAGUGCUUGGUCACCUGCGGGAAAGGGCACAGGCACCGUCAGGUCUGGUGUCAGUCCGGUGAAGAUCGAUUAAACGACAGACUCUGUGACCCUGAGACAAAGCCAGCCUCCAUGCAGACCUGUCAGCAGCCAGAAUGUGCGUCCUGGCAGGCGGGUCCCUGGGGACAGUGCAGUGUCACUUGUGGACAGGGAUACCAACUAAGAGCAGUGAAAUGCAUCAUUGGGACGUAUAUGUCCAUGGUAGAUGACAGUGUCUGCAAUGCAGCAACUAGACCAACUGAGACCCAGGACUGUGAAUUACCAUCUUGUCACCCUCCCCCGGCUGUCCCAGAAGCGAGGAGAAGCACGCACAGUGCACCACGAACCCAGUGGCGAUUUGGGUCCUGGACUCCGUGCUCGGUCACUUGUGGAAAAGGUACCCGGAUGAGGUAUGUCAGCUGCCGCGAUGGGGACGGCUCCGUGGCUGACGAGAGCGCCUGCACGGCCCUGCCUAGACCAGUGGCGGAGGAGGAAUGUUCUGGGGGCCCCUGUGGCCAGUGGAAGGCUUUGGACUGGAGCCCUUGUUCUGUGACGUGUGGGCAAGGUAGGACAACCCGGCAAGUGAUAUGUGUCAACUACAGUGACCAUGUGAUUGAUCAGAGCAAGUGUGACACAGAUUAUAUCCCAGAAACCGACCAGGACUGCUCCAUGCCACCAUGCCUUCAUCGGACCCCAGACAGUGCUCAGCACCCUUUCCAAAAUGCAGGUUUUCAGCCCAGAGGCCUCAGCCCUAGCCGCACCCAUGUGCUCGGUGGAAACCAGUGGAGGACUGGGCCCUGGGGAGCAUGUUCCAGCACCUGCGCUGGCGGGUCCCAGCGGCGCGUGGUCGUGUGUCAGGAUGAGAACGGGCACACGGCGAGCGACUGCGUGGAGAGGAUCAAACCGGAUGAGCACAGAGCCUGCGAGUCCGGCCCUUGCCCUCGGUGGGCCUACGGGAACUGGGGAGAGUGUUCUAAGCUAUGCGGUGGAGGCUUGCGAACCAGACUGGUGGCCUGUCAGCGGCCCAGCGGCGAGCGGUUCCCAGACCUGAGCUGUGAGAUUCUCGACAAGCCUCUGGACCGUGAGCAGUGCAACACGCACGCUUGUCCUCAGGACGCCGCAUGGAGCGCUGGCCCUUGGAGUUCGUGUUCUGUCUCUUGUGGUCGAGGGCAUAAACAACGAAAUGUUUACUGCAUGGCAAAAGAUGGAAGCCAUUUAGAAAGUGAUUACUGUAAGCACCUUGCUAAGCCAGAUGGGCACAGAAAGUGCCGAGGAGGAAGAUGCCCCAAGUGGAAGGCUGGCGCCUGGAGUCAGUGCUCCGUGUCCUGCGGCCAAGGCGUGCAGCGGAGGAAUGUGGGCUGUCAGGCGGGAGCCCGCAAGGCAGCCCGAGAGGCCGAGUGCAGCGCCUACAGCAGGCCCGCGGCGGAGCGCACCUGCCAAGCCCCGCCCUGCCCUCUCUACGCGUGGAGGGCAGAGGAAUGGCAAGAAUGCACCAAGACUUGCGGCGAAGGCUCCAGGUACCGCAGGGUGGUGUGUGUCGGUGAGGACAAAGGCGGCGAGGUGCACGGCCUGCACUGCGACGCGGGCCGGCGGCCUGCCGACCGGGAGAGCUGCAGCCUGCAGCCCUGCGAGUAUGUCUGGAUCACAGGAGAGUGGUCGGAGUGCUCAGUGACCUGUGGGAAGGGCUACAAGCAAAGGCUCGUCUCCUGCAGCGAGAUUUACACCGGGAAGGAGAAUUACGAGUAUGGACACCAGACUGCCACCAACUGCCCGGGCACCCAGCCCCCCAGCGUGCACCCCUGCUACCUGCGGGAGUGCCCGGUCUCCGCCACUUGGAGAGUGGGCAACUGGGGGAGCUGCUCGGUGUCCUGCGGCGUGGGAGUGAGGCACAGGUCCGUGCAAUGCUUAACCAACGAGGACCAGCCCAGCCACUUAUGUCCCGCUGACCUGAAGCCAGAAGAGAGAAAAACCUGCCACGAUAUCUAUAACUGCGAGCUACCCCAGAACUGCAAGGAGGUAAAAAGACUGAACGGUGCCUCAGAGGAUGGUGAAUAUUUCCUGAUCGUCAAGGGCAAGCUCCUGAAGAUAUUCUGUGCGGGGAUGCAGUCCGACCACCCAAAAGAGUACAUGACACUGGUCCGUGGGGACUCUGAGAAUUUCUCCGAGGUUUACGGCCACAGGCUGCACAACCCAACCGAGUGUCCCUACAACGGGAGCCGCCGGGAUGACUGCCAUUGUCGGAAGGACUACACGGCAGCUGGCUUUUCCAGCUUCCAGAAAAUCAGAAUAGACCUGGUCACCAUGCAGAUUAUAACCACUGACCUACAGUUUGCAAAGACAAGCGAAGGGCAUCCCGUGCCUUUUGCCACAGCUGGGGACUGCUACAGUGCCGCCAAGUGCCCACAGGGUCGUUUUAGCAUCAACCUGUACGGAACAGGCCUUUCUCUAACGGAAUCAGCCAGAUGGAUCUCACAGGGGAACUAUGCCGUCUCGGACAUUAAGAAGUCGCCGGAUGGAACCCGAGUCGUAGGGACGUGCGGUGGUUACUGUGGAAAAUGUACUCCGUCCUCGGGCACUGGCCUGGAGGUUCGAGUUUUAUAGUUAAGGUGCUCCGAAGAGGAAGCCACGAUGGGAUGGAUGAAGGAUAGUAAUGCAAUACCUCCACCUUAAAUCUGGGCGUGUGUGCGCGCGUGUGUGCAUGUGUGCGCGUGUGUGGACUUUGUGUGCUUGUGGGUGCCUGUACAUAUACAUAUGCAUAUAUAUACAUAUAUACACACACAUAUCUGUGCAUACAGAUAUGUGUGUGUAUAUUUGUGGAAUAUCCUAAUGAUGUAAAGUUUAAUAUUUAUGUUUGAAAUUAUUUAUUGUGAUGUAAUAUUUUUGUACGUAAAAUGAUUCUAUUAUGACUGCCUUUUGCAUUAUUUUGUUUUCUGCAGUCAGACCACUGCAUUUUACGUACUCUACAUUAUAUGUAGUAUUAUGACAAAAGUGAUCCUUCAUUAUCACGGUACACUAUUGUUUACUUUCUAUAUGUAAAUGUUUUAUUGUUAAUUUUUUUAAAUUGUAAUUUUUUUUAAAACAAUCUUCAAGGUGCUACAGGGGUAUUUUUGGCAUUUCUAUGAAAGCAUCGUUAGCCAGUAAGGAAUUUAGUGAUGUCACAGAUUGUACCAGCUAUUAAUUACGCUAAGUAUCUAUUCAGUGUCAUGUGAUCUCUGGGAACAAAAUUGCUGCCUUGGUGCUAAUAUUGUAUUAUUUAAAUGAUCUUCAGACUAAGAAAUGUAAACACAUUAAAUAAGGGAGGAGCCGAAGGACAUUUUCCAAUGGACAGAA